AUGUCCAACGUACCCAAAAACAUGCUACAAUUUGGGAGACAUUUUUACAAUACCAUUUCCAAUAUAAUGUCAGGAACGGAACAAAGCAAAGAACCAGAGGUCCAAUUACCUUUCAACAUGCAAUAUCAUGACUCGGAUAGAUAUCAGCCAUCUCUAGAAGAUGUGCUCACUGUCAAAAACAUCCUCUAUACUCUACGCCCAGACUCCCCGUUGCCUUUAGAGCUCAUCGAUACCAUAUUAGAUUUAUCCGAAUAUUGGCCUCAUACCACAACAGCUUUUCCCCUUUCCAGCCAUCAAGAACCCACCAUCAACCGAGAAAUCAUCGUUAGAGCCGGUGGUGCAGGAGAGGAUAGACUCAUUCUACGGUCUCUCCCUAUCGGCUGCAUCAAAGGAAACAAUGAUCAAGCUUUUCAAAUGCCUUCAGAAAACCAAACACAAUACUUUACACAAGAGCGCAAGCCUUGGCCAAAAGAUCGCGAAAUCCCACAAAAUGCCACAGAGGAAGUUCUAAAGAAAUGGGCAGAAACAUCUCAAAUUCGAGGGGGAUUUCCCUGCAAGAAAAUAGUUUUUCGAAUCAAGAGUCAUGAUCAAGGAUGGGGAGGAGUACGUGCAGAUAAGGGAACAUACAGAGGAUCAUACACGUGGUUUGAUGUCGGCUUGGAAAGAACAUAUGCCGCGAGAGAAGCAAAACCUUUUUACAACGACCCAGAAUUCCGCCUCCCCAACACCGGUGAACAGGCUUCGGGCUCGAUGAACGAGAUAAUAUGCGCUUUACAGACCAUCAUCCCAGAUGUCCAAAACAACCCAAAUUAUAAUCCUGAGAACACCACGAAUCCUCGUGCCCAGAAUCCGCUUAUGUUCAAGCAUGGACUCAAUCCUGACAACACGUACCUACAGAAAAACAAAACCGCAACAAGCGCCUCGCAGGAACAUACCAUUGUAUGGAGAUUCAACGACGAUAUACACCCCGAAAGUCCCGAGGCGGAUGAUCUAGAGGCACAAGGUAGAGGAAGAGAAAGCGCGAAUGGCGACUUCGUUCGUAACCUGAAGACUGGUGAUGUGGUCACGGUUUGGGCAAAAGCGAGAUAUCCAGGAUGGGCCAAUACCGUGGAGGAAGUUAGCAUCGAUGUUUAUUGGGCAAUUUAG